UUGUUAAUAAACUAUCUCGUGAUAUACAUUAAAUUUUCAAUUAAUGUUUAAUUAAUAUAUAAACAGCAAUUUUAUUAAAAAUAUUGUAAAACGAUUUUAUUUUAUUGAAAAAAAAUUUAUGCGCUUUCAAAAAUGUUAUUGACAAUAAUAUUGUGUAUUUUAGUAUGUGUAUUUGCAGUGAUUUUUGGAAUUUUACAUUUUUUUGGAAAUCAAGAAUUACACAAUAAAACAAGACACAUUAAUGGACCAUUAAUACUUCCUCUCAUUGGAUGUGGUUAUCAAUUUAUUGGUGAUUCUGCGCAUUUUAUGAAACAACUUAUAAAAAAUAGUUGUAUUUACAAAUCACCAUUUAAAAUGACACUUGGAUCUCGUGUAUUUAUUCUCACUAAGGAUCCAGAACAGAUAAAAACUAUUCUUCAGAGUUCGAAAACAGUUGAGAAAGAUUAUGUUUAUGAUUUUGCAAAACCCUGGGUUGGCAAUGGAUUAGUGACAGCCGAACAUAAAAUAUGGCGUAAUCAUCGAAAACCGAUUCAAUCAACGUUCAAUGCAAAAAUUCUACAAACUUUUCUUGCUGUUUUUCAAAGAAAUUCAAUUUUAUUAACAAAAACAAUUGAGAAUAAACUCAAUGGUCCGGAAUUUGACAUUUCUCCCCAUAUUGCAUUCAUGGCUGUCAGUAAUAUUUGUGAAACUUCAAUGGGUGUUUCUGUAAAAACACAAAGAGAGGAAGUUGAACAAUUUAAUGAAUUUUCUAAAAGGGUAUUUAAUGUAUUGUUUAAACGAUUAAUUCAGGUGUGGUUACAUUCUGAUUUUUUAUUUAGCAUUAGUUCACUUGCAAAAAGUUUUAAUAGUUACGUUACAUAUGUUCACAAUUUCACUGAUGAGGUUAUUAAAAAAAAGAGAGAAAUUUUACAAAAAAAAUCAAAUGAAAAUCAAAGUAAUAAUAUUAAUUAUACAGAGGAUAGUUUUCAAAAGAGAAAACCAACUUUGGAUUUAUUAUUAGAAUUAUCGGAUAAUGAAGCCUUCAUGGACAAUGAACUCCGUGAUCAUGUGUUGACAUUGAUAACUGCAGGUACUGAUACCACAAGCAGAACAUUGGAUUUUGUUCUCCUAAUGUUGGCACAACAUCCUGAAGUCCAGGAAAAAGUUUAUGAGGAAAUCUUCAACAUUUACGGUUCUGAAGAACCAGAAACAAAUCCAGUGAAAUAUGAAGAUUUACAUCGUUUCAUUUAUUUAGAACGUGUUAUCAAAGAAACAAUGAGACUAUUUCCAAUUGCACCAUUUCUUCCUCGUUUGGCUUCAGAAGAUUUAGAAUUAGACGGACAAAUAGUGCCAAAAGGUUGUGCAGUGGUAGUUUUAGUUUUGGCAAUACAUCGAAAUGAACAACUUUGGCCCGAUGCAUUAAAAUUUAAUCCCGAUAGAUUUCUCUCUGAUGAAGUGAAUAAACGUCAUCCAUGUUCUUUUAUUCCAUUUAGUUUUGGUCCCAGGGAUUGUUUAGGUCGUGUCUAUGCAAUGAUGUCUAUGAAAGUGUUAAUAGUAACAUUUUUACGAAAAUAUAUUUUGAAAAAAGAUAAAAUAACAGAAAUUAAGGAUAUUGAAUUAAAAGUGGACAUAGUGCUUUUAAGUUCUAAACCCAUUACAUUAAGAAUAGAAAAAAAAACAAUGGUGCCGUUAAUAUUAUUGAGCGUAAUUAGUGUAUUAUUGGUGUAUUAUGCAAUUUUUCAUUUUUCCGGACAUAGAGAAAUUUACAAGAAAAUAGCAAAUAUUCCUGGACCAAGAGCAAUUCCUCUACUUGGAACUGUUUCCCUUUAUGUUGGAGACUCUGCACAUUUUGCUGAGGAAUUAUUAAAAAUGGGUCAAAUUUAUACUUCACCAUUUCGUGUUAUAAUUGGAACUCGAGUAUUUGUUAUCUUUAAAGAUCCAGAUCAAAUAAAAACUGUUCUUCAUAGUUCUAAGGCAGUUGAAAAAGAUUUUGUUUAUAAAUUCGCUAAACCUUGGCUGGGUAAUGGAUUAGUGUUAGCUGAACAUAAAAUAUGGCGUGUUCAUCGAAGGCUAAUACAACCGACUUUUAAUCAAAAAGUUUUACAAUCUUUUGUUACGAUAUUUCAAAAAAAUGCCCUUUCACUUGUACAGUCUGUCAAUGAAAAAAUUGACGGGCCCGAAUUUGAAUUGUCAUCCAAUAUUUUAUUCACAACUUUCACUAAUAUUUGUGAAAGUUCUAUGGGUAUCGAGGUAGAAACAAAAAGAAAUGAAAUGCUAAAUUAUUUUAAAGCAACACAAAGCAUUCUUAAUUUAUUAUUUCAACGAUUGAUUCGAAUUUGGUUACAUUGGGACAAGAUAUUUAAUUUAAGUGAAUUGUCAAAAAAAUUUUAUGGCUCCAUUAAUCAGACUCACAAUUUUACAGAUAACGUAAUACGAGAAAAAAAAGAAUAUUUGCAAAGUAUUCCUAUUGAAAAUAAAGAAGAUGAUAUAGAUAAGAGGAAACCAACUUUGGAUUUGCUACUAGAAUUAUCAGACAAUGGAGACAAAUUAACUGACCAGGAUAUUCGAGAUCAAGUGCUUACAAUGAUAUUUGCUGGAUCGGAUACCAUUGCUCGAACUACUGAAUUUCUUUUUUUUAUUCUUGCUCAACAUCCUGAAAUACAGGAUAGAGUUUACGAGGAAAUAUUCAACAUUUACGGCACUGACGAUCCGGAAGAAAAUCCAGUUAAAAGUGAAGAUUUACAACAUUUAGUUUAUUUAGAAAGAGCCAUUAAGGAGACGAUGCGUCUUUUUCCAGCUGCACCAAUGGUUGCACGUAAAGUUACUGAAGAUCUAGAAAUAGAUGGUUAUACAAUUCCCAAAGGUUGUGCAGUAGCUGCUUCUAUCAUUGCUGUUCAUCGAAGUGAAAAAUUUUGGCCUGAUCCAUUAAAAUUUGAUCCAGAUCGAUUUUUACCUGAAGAAAUACAUAAACGACAUCCGUUAGCUUUUAUGCCAUUUUUAUUUGGUUCCAGAGAUUGUAUAGGUCGAGUAUAUGCAAUGAUGCAAAUAAAAGUGCUUGCUGCAACUUUUCUGCGAAAAUAUAUUUUAAAGAAGGACAAAAUAACGGCAAUUAAAGAUAUGAAACUAAAAACAGAUGCUUUACUCAAAUUAGCUGAUCCUGCAUCUGUUCGACUAGAAAAAAGAGUGAAAUAAUAGAAAUAAUUUUUUAAAUUAAAUUUUUAAUUAGUUUCCUUUAAUUAUAUAAACGAGACAUAACUUUUGACCUAGUGAUGCAAUUUAUCAGAAAAAGUUGAUUGAGAGAAAAACAAAGUAAAAAUUAAUUUUUAAUAUCAUAAUAAUAAAAGUUUACAUAAAUCAAUUGUAUCAGAUAUCAAAGAAGCAACAAAAAGGUUGCAACAAAAAAAAAAUACAAUAAAUUUAGAAAUAAAUAAAAGUAAAAUAGAUAAUAAAAAAUAAACUAAUUAAUAUUUUUUUCAAAUAUGAUUAUACAUUGUAGACUUAAUAAUGCAAAAAAUUUCAAAGUAAAAUUAAAUAUUCAAAGUUUUUUAUUAAUAUCAUUUACGACAUUUACAUAUCAGAAGGUCAUUCGAUAUUCUCAUGUAGCAUUAUUAAAAUGUAUGUAUUUAAUGAAUGCAAUGUAGUCAAUGAAAAACUGAUAAC